GUAGCUGACAAAGAGAAGGACAAAGCGAAACCAAAUUUCAACCCUUCUGGAUUACUCGCUGCCGCCACCAAGACAGUGGAACAUGGCGAUGGGUCGAAGACGGUACUCAAGUACCAUGAACCGCCUGAAGCUAGGAAGCCUCACCUAGGGUGGCGGCUCUACGUCUUCAAGGGAAAGGAACAAGUCGAUUUGCUCCAUAUACAUCGCCAGAGCGCGUAUCUGAUUGGAAGAGAUCGGACUGUCGCUGAUAUACCGGUCGAACACCCAUCAUGCUCGAAACAGCAUGCCGUGAUUCAACACCGACAAGUAAUGGAAAAGAAUGAGUUCGGCGAGGCUAAACAGGUCAUCAAGCCUUUCGUCAUUGACUUGGAAUCCACGAAUGGUACUUCUGUUAACGAUGAACAGAUCCCCACUUCGAGGUACUUCGAACUGCAGGCUGGCGAUGUCAUCAAAUUCGGUGACUCCCUGAGGGAGUACGUCCUUCUGCAUGAUGAAGCUGCAUGA